CGGGGCUAAAGAUGAAACAGCGGAAGAUUCAAAACGAAGAUGGCGGCUGAAACUGAAAAGUAUCCCCAAAACAAUCACAAACUGGACAGAAGGGGGACAAACUGCAGUGUGUUUAAUAGACAUGAAAAGCCAAACUCAAGCCAGCCUGUGAUCUUUAACCCAGAUUUCUUUGUGGAGAGGCUGAGAUAUGAGUAUCCACAGGCCUUCACGGAUUUGGUACUUAGCAAUAUCACUCGACUCAUAGACCUUCCAGGGGAUGAGUUUUCCCAGCUCACAGGAGAGUCUGAGCUCAGGGUGCCCUCCGCCAGUGGAUUUCUACGUUCCUUCAACUUCCUCAAACGAAAAGACAAAGGAGUGAUUUUUGGUGCACCGUUAACUGAAGAAGGAAUAUCACAGAUCUUUCAGCUCAUUGAAUACCUGAGUAAAAACCUUCAUGUGGAGGGGUUGUUCCGUGUGCCAGGCCACAGCCUAAGACAGGCAGCCCUGAGGGAGAUGCUGAAUGCUGGGGCAGAGAUAGAUCUAGAGACAGGCGACUUCCACCCUAAUGAUGCAGCCACGUUGCUCAAAGCCUACCUGGGAGAGCUGCCAGAGCCUCUGCUUACGCACAGACACUAUCAUGCUCAUCUGAAGAUUGGAGAGCUGACUCGCUUUGAUGAUAAAGGAGAGAAGACGAAUGUGCCCGACAAGGAACGCCAGAUUGAGGCAUUUCAGCUCCUUUUCAUGCUGCUUCCACCAGCCAACCGCAGCCUGUUGAAGCUGCUGCUGGACCUGCUGUACCACACUGCUCGCAAUCAGAACAUCAACAAGAUGUCCGCUAUCAAUCUAGCCACAAUGUUUGCUCCACACAUCAUCUGGCCCAAGAAUGUGACGGCAAGUGAUCUACAAGGAAACAUCGAGAAACUGAAUAAUGGCAUAGCGUUCCUCAUCAGGCACUCUCAAAAACUGUUCAAGGCACCUGUAUAUAUCAAAGAAUAUACCCGCCUAUACUUCACAGGAUCAAAAAGUCUUCUAUCAAAGGAUGAUUUGACGCUCUGCUCUGGGACUAAUGAUGGGCCCAUGCCUGCUGUUACAGCUGCCUCCCCUUCUCCCUCCAUGAGAACAAUCAGAGGUGAGGUCAGGUCAUCUGAGACUCAAAGUUAUACUGAAUCUGCCCUCAGAGAGCUGUACCAACAGGUCAGCCACAUGCCUGAGUCUGCCAAAAAGAAGAAACUCAUCAGACAGUUUGAAAAGCAGCCUUUGCUGACACCUUCGGCUGACUCACGGACGCCAUUCAGCAGGAAACAUUGGCGUUCACGCUCUUUAGGUGGAAUUAUCAAGCGGAAGGUGUUGGGAAGCCAAGUAUUAACAGAGAAAGAAAACAGACGGCAGAGUCCUCAACCCAGCGAUUCAGUUGAUGUCCAGGGAAGGGAAAACACCACCUUUGGAGGAGAUUAAUCAUCUUUAAAAGAAUGGUCUCUUCAAGGAAACAUCAGUCUGACUGUUAUGUCAGGGGUAUUAAAGGAUCUUAAAGGAUCUUCUUGAGGCGUAAACAGUGUAAUGUUUAGAUUGAGUCAGCUGCCCACAAACUUAAGUUUAAGUCUUAAAGGUUAGUAAGACAGCAAAGAAAUCACCAGAAGUGUCUUAAGGGACAUAAAAUGGACAACAAUGAGGAUGUUACACGCUUUAUUUUACGUCAAUGCAAUUUACCAGUUUUCUUACCCAGUCUGCAGGAGUUUCAUCUUAAUUUCCUUAUUUCUUGGUCAAUGUUCUACAGGCUGCAAGUGAUGUGUUUUUUGUGAAUAUUUAGCUUUAUCAUUGACUGAACGUGUUUAUUUGCAAACCUGAUUGUAUUUAUUUUUUAUUGAUCAUCUUAAUUUUUUCAAGAAUCCAGUGCAUUGGAUAUAUUGGUAACGUGAUAUGCAGGCUGUUCUAUUUAAAGGUUAAAUUUAUUUGUAAGUUGUAUUACGUUUAGUUAGAAUCACACGGUCAUUGCAGACCGUUGAAGACUUUUAUCUAAAAGGUGGUAGAUUCAGAAAUGUGCCUUAAAGUGAUUAUAUCUUAACUUUGUUAUGCAAUUUCUAUUAAUUUCCUUUAAGUUCCUGAUAGCUUUAAGAGUAUGCUGAAAUUUCUAUAAAGAAUUCAAGUGUCGGUGAAAUAAAGGAGUGAAGAGUUACAGAGAAUGGAGGGAGUGAAAGGCCACAGGACCAGCUCAGAAGCAUUAUAAAAACAUUUUUGUUUUCACUUUAGCUCAAAUCUUGGGUUUAAACGCUGUGAUAUUUUAUACUAGAGCUACUUUGAACUAAAAUCUUUUGCGUCUUAAAUUUUAGUUUUUCUCAGGCCAGUUUUUAUCCUUAUGCAAUAUUGUAUACAAAUUGAUAGCUGUGUUUGUAUCUGUACAGUUUUAUUGUGUAUUUUUAUGUUUUUUUUUUAUUUGGUUAGUUCGAGUGAAUCUGUUGUUUGCCUUCUAUUGUGGUUGCUAACCCAGGUGUUUUUUGGUAGAGCUUGAGCCGCUGCCACUUUUAAAACCUCCUUGUUGUCUUACUCUUUCAAUGCAGUUUUCAGUUCAGUGGUCACUCUGCCAAGCUGUUACCAAUACUACAUUAUGUGAUAAUCGCCGCAUGUUCAACAUGUUCAACGACUAUGUUACACUGAUGAUAUUGAUGCUACUGUGAAACUAUGCAACUCACUGUAAUUAAAAGACAACAAGCUA